GCAAGUUAGUAUUUCCUUAACGACGGACUCGGACGCUCACAGUCAUUUGUCAAGUCUUUGGUGUUCGUGGUUAUAUAGAUAAAUCGAUUCAUUAUGGAGUUUUAAAUUCAUGCAACGACAGCGACAUGAUACCAGCUUUUAAGAGUGCAUCGCUAAUAAAACCCGAAAACGAUUUAUGUCGAAAACGAAAUGACGACUCGUGUCUUCUUUUGCAUUUUAAUUCUUUACAAGUUCCCUUUCCCCCCAGUAACUUAUUCUCAGAACACGCCGAAUUUCACUGCCCAGACUUCACUGAGCACUGAUUUAAGCGAAUACCCGUUUAAUGUCACGGAUAACCCACCUGCAACCACUAACCAGUCUCCGUUAGCAGCAACAACUAGUCCUUUCAGGGCGGAAUCAUAUUCGCCGGUUUCACCUGCAAGCGCGGAUGCUUCUGCGGCCCAGAACACUGAUUCCAUCACAAAACAGACCACUAAUCCAACAGUUAUCAAGAAAACAACACAGAAUUUUACUGAUCAGAGUACUGGUCUGAUCACAUACCCCUUUACUGACAUCCCACCUAUAACCACUAACCAGUCAUCAUUAACCGCAGCAGUGACCAGUGAAUCAAACUCACUGAAUCAACUCAACUCGUCAGUUACAUCUGCAACUGCACAUCCCAACGCCACAGUCACUGCUGCCACCACAGAGUCCAAAACAAACCCAUCGGAUUGCCCGUGUGACGUCACACCUGAUUUUUGUGAUAUUGGGUGCUGUUGUGAUGUUAUGGACUGUGGCCUCCUAAACCCCGGCUCUGUGUUCAUUGGCUGCCAGCAGAGCACAGGGUCUGGCAUUUGUCUUGAAAGCUGGUUGAUGUUUAAGGCCAAUGUCAAUCCAACGCUGGUUACAGUGUCCGGAGACCGCUUUUGUGUUCAGAAAGAAGAGGAUUUAGAAAACCAGUCUGAUGUUCAGACUUCCCCUGCCCUCUUUCAGUCCAGUUACCUUUAUCCGCUUUUACUGAGAGAGCCUACAGCCUUCAACAGUCAGAAAACCAACUUUUACAAGGUUGAUGACAUCAUUCUGACAUAUUUCAACGGCACGUCCAUAGUGAGCACUUUUAGACAGCCAUCCCCAGGCCCAGCGUCAUCUGCUUGUGUCAACCGCAAUCCAGCAAGGUUCUUGCGUUCUAGUUCUUUGUCCUGCUCUCGCACGGUGACGACACGCUCCUGUGUGGAGGACGGCGGUUUAAGUGCUCGCACUUACUUCACAGGAUUUAGCCUACUGAGGGCUCCUGAGGCCCAAGUGGAGGACAGGCCAGAGCUGUUAAUUCCAGUUUCUACUGUCCGUGACUGGCCAGAGCCUCGUUUACACAAUGGCUCGUGUUUAAAUGUGGUGUCAGAGGUGGAAUAUGGGAUUGAGUACACUGGCAAAGGAGAGAUUGUCAAGAUUACACUGAAUGCAAAAACAAUUAACACAAAUAUAAACACGCAGUUACUGCAAAAUCAUGCCAUUACGUUUCAGUUGGUCACAUCCACUCCCCUCAUGGCUACACCCACACCUCUGUCAGGUCCAGAGGGACUGAAACCUGGAUCUCCAGUGAUUGGUUGGUUUGGUGAAAAGGCACAACCUUUGACGGUGUUGGGGUCAUCUGAGAAUGGAGGGUGUACAGCAAGGCUUCUUAAUCGACCCCCUGUUCUUUUCACACAAAACAUCAUCACUGGAUGCACCUUCAGGUCUUUGGCCAGUCAGUGUGGUGUGUUGCGGACUGAACUGAUAGAGGUUUUAACAGCAACGGCAGUGCCAGAGCUGAUCAGUAUGACCACAGGUGAUGAGACCGAGAAAAGUAAAGUCAUCUUCGAGGACUGCCCGACACCAGCUUCAGAGGUGUGUGAGACUGGCUGUACGCUGCCCGUUGCUCUAUCAGUGCGGGUGCUCUGGGCUCAGAGGGGACUCAGGGCCAUGCCACAGAAUCACAUCCUAGGGGCUAAAUUCAUCUUUACAUGUCAGAGACUAAAGUGUCCUCUUCUUUCUUCUAUAACUGUGACUGCUGAGGUAGUAUUCACAGAUACCACCAUUUACCCAGAAGCCCCGCGAGGGCAACCUGAGCCUGAAUGGAAGUUUCCAUUUUCAUUUUUCUCCAGAGGAGCUGGAGAAUUUGAUCAAGAAUAAAACUUAC